AUGAGUCUAACAUUACUAAAUAAAAAAUAUUAAGCGUUGAUGCUUAGGGAAAAGCAAAUCGAAGACCACUUUGAUCCUGUAGGCAGACACAAGAAAUAACAUCAUAAUAUUGAAGAUCUUCGUUAAGAUUAUUAAGAAGACUUAGAGAACUACGGAUUUUCCAAAUAAUCUUUCAAGGCCAAAAAGGAAUAAGAAUUAGAAAACCUAUAAAUAACUCCUGAAAAAUAACUAAGGCCAAUGACUGCUCUAAUAUCGCCUGUUCAAAGUUCGGCAUAAAGAUAAAGACCAAUUACAGCACCAGGUCUCAACACUUAAACAAAAUAAAUGAUGAAAAUAGAUGAAAAUGAAGAAAUGAUUUAAUUGCCAUAUCAAUCAGAGACCAAAUAUUGGAGAAACACAAAAAAAUAUGAUAAAACUAAUUAGAAUGUUGUUAGAAAUCAUUCAGCUUUGAAGAAGGUGUCAUUAGGAGGUGAUUGUGAAAAUUUUAAUAUUGAAGAAGAAGAGAUCAAAAAUCAUCAUAUGAUUGAAAAAUAAAUUGUUAAGAAUCGCUUACUCUCCCCAACUUUUGUUUCAUAAAGACAUCAAAUAAAUGAUAGAGACAUCUAAUAAUUAACCGAAGGCUUCUAUUAACAUGUGGCUUUAGUAAAAGGCACUUCCAAAAUAUAGGCUAGUAAAGCAUAACAAGGUUUCCAAUUAUAUGAUAAUCUGCUUGACUUGAUGAAAAUUAUUCAACAAGAAAACUCCAAUAAAAGUCCAAUAAUUACAAAAACAUCUUCUUAGGGAUUCAGACCUUAAACUGGUGUGAGUAGAUAAAUCAAGAGCAAUCAAAGAUCUAGACCUUUCAGCAGUAAACUUCAAUCAGUAGGUGUUAGAGCAUUUUAAUAGUGA